UUUUCUAACUCUAAUGUGGUAUAUGAAAACUUUAGUGCGGUAUCUGUGUUGUUCUAACUAGUGUUUGCUUAGCAUAGCUUUUUAUUUUAUCAAAUAUAAAAUAUAAUUGCACAUGAAUCUUGUUAAACAAAAUCAUAUAUUUCUUUCUUUGUAAUUAAAAUAAAUUAAGUGAUUUGAAAUUUAAUUAAAUUUAUGAAAACAAAUCAAAAGUGAAAGAAUGAUAUAGGGAAAAACAAUAGGUAACUUUCAUUUUUUUGUGAAAUAAAAGCGUUCAUCUCAUUUUUAUGAUCCUAGUUAGGACCGAAUAUGAAAAUUCUUAACGGGUUGUUCGUUAAUUAUCUAAAACUCUUUUACAAUGUUUUCCACAAAACAUAUAACUUCUUUGCUUUUCAAGGUUUAUAUCCUCUCUUCUUUUGUAAUAAUCCACUUACAGAAUGAAAUAAUCUUUGUCUUCAUAGGAUCAAAAUAUAGAUUCUCAUUAGGAGACUGAUCAGAGGAAAAUUUACUUGAUCAAAUGAACAAUAUGCUUAUGCUUGAUGGGCCAAUACUCUAUAUGAUAAAAGCAUCAUAUUUCAACAGUUCAGAAACUUUUAUUCAAGUAUAACCAGUAAGAACUCAGAUUAACAUAAACUCAGAGGGAUCAACGAACCAAGAGAAAAAAUUCAUGAUUGUCUAUGUUCUGGGUAUUUAUCUCAAACGGCGUUUAAAGUUAUAUAUCCACAGUCAUCCUUGUUCAAUGUUUUUGCUUCUUCUUCUUCUUGCUUGCUUGUUAAAGAUUUAUGUAGUACUUAAUCAUAAAGAUCUAUUAGAUAAGACAAGACAAAGCUCUUAUACAAAGAAUUUAAAGACACAUGAAACAUAGUGAGUAUUUAAUUAACUAUCAAUGCCUGGAACAUAGAAAUCAAUUUAAAAAUGUUAUUCUUAGAGCUAACUAAAGUAAUAAAGAAAUUAUGUUAUUUCAAAACAACUAAAAUGUUAUUUUAUUAAUUAAUACAUUCACAAUCAAUAACAUUCAAAACCAUUUGAUUACUAUAUAUAUACAUUUAUAUAUCAUGGUAAGUGGAGAAAAAAAUCAAAGAAUAAAUAAAAAAUUGAUCUUACAAAAUGGACACUAAGUCAAUUUUUAUGGCAUUUUUCAUAAUCAACACUUUAGUGUCAUGUGCGUAUCCAUGUUUGGGCCAAGAAGAUAUUGACGAUAAAGCUCUGGUCAAUCCCGGUGAGUUUGAUACAUUGGAUGCAUUAUCACCGGCUUCGCAGGAGUAUAAUAUUUAUAUGUUAGAGAAUCUCCCACCAAAAUAUAAAACGUAUCUCGGAACCUGCGCUGAUAAGAUGGGGCCCAGUGGUAUUUCGGAAUGUAAUGAAGAUGUUCUUAGAGAGAUUCUUACGAACAAACCUGUUUCAAGAGAGUGUUGUUUGAUGGUAGUAAGAGCUGGAAAAGAAUGCUACAUGGAGAUUAGAAAGUUCAUGUUUCGAUUGUAUCAACUCAAACGCUUUGCUUCUCAAGUUUCUUUCAAAACUAAUGAGGUUUGGAACAGAUGUUCUGCUGAAGUUGAAAGUCCUUCAUCAUCUCACGACCACGCGAUUUAGUUAUCUUGAUUGAAUCUUUUUGUUAUAUUAUAUGAUGUAUUAUCAAAUAAUGGUUUGUUAUAUUAUUCUAACUAUAUAAAAUUAAAAUAAAACAUUCAUCAGCUUAUUCGUUUUUCUAACAUUAAUGUGGUAUAAGAAAACUUUAGUGCGAUGUAUUGGUUUUUCUAACUAGUAUUUGCUUAGCA